AUGACAAAAGGACAAGAAGUUGUUGUGAGAGAGGUCGGGGACCAUGCAGCUACCUUCCGACUUCUCCGAGUUCAGACAUUGGAAGUAUAUACAGAAUUGGACUGUGGUGACCAACACCAAACUAUCAACGAGGAGGACCAGUUGGAGGUUCCGUGGUCCUUUUUUUCGUAUCAAAGCAGGCUUGGCAUCUUGCAAUGCCUUGAAAGGAGCCAAUCAAAUAUUUACGAUGGAACGAAUUCCACGGCAUAUAUGUAUAUUAAGUCGCCUAUCGCAUCCCUGCAGAUGCUGUUACUCGAAAAACCAAACAAGGUGACAAAGAGGUCAGGGCGUUUUGGCCGCCUUGUAUUGAACCUUUUGAGGCGCCUCCUCCGCCUUACUGGUGGACUCUUUGGGUUGUUUACAGAGUAUCCGGGUGCAAACAGACAAACAACAGCUGUCUGCACUCGUGUAGCUGUGGGAGAAGAACUUGCCAGCCUUGCGCGCGCUACUGUGAAUGGACAGAUCGUAUCCUUUCUGCAUCUUGCAUCGACCUUGUUUGAUGAGUGGACGGGGGUGAUAAGCUGGGAAAAAGGAAAUAAAGGGAAAAAGGGCAGUUCUCUCCGCCUCUUCCGCUGA